AUGGCCCCAUCCGGUAGAAAUAAAACGACGCAAAACAAUGACAGCGAUCCUUCGGAACAAAAUGGUACCCAAACGCAAGAUACCAAUCAAAACGUUCAAGAGACUGGCGUUCGAAAACUGGUUUCGCUUCGACGUCAUCACGAAAUGGAGAUCAAUACUUUGAUCGACAUGCUCGAAAACAACAUCUACGAGGAAGAAGAUGAUCUUGAACUCAUCAAUGAAACGUUCACUGAAUUGUCUCAAUUCCAACAAAAACUUGAUACCCUGAACGAUCAAAUGUUACAGGCUGGUUCUGAACACGAUUUUGAAGAACAUUCUCACUGGACAGUACAGUUGAAACAGAAAAUCCGAGUAUUUUCAAUGAAAGUGAAAAAAUAUUUGAAAAAACAAGUUUCAAAUCCUGCUACUUCUACAAUUCCAAAUAACAGCGCUCAAGAAAAUGCUACUUCAAUUUUCCCACAGGAAACCGCAACCUCCAUGCCGACUGCAAACAUAAUGGAUAUACCAAACAACAACCUUAUAACCAUGAGCAACAAUACUCAAGGCAAUGCAAGAACAGCUGCCGCUGACGACAACCUUUCGGCGCCAUUUCAAGGCGACCAAUCAUUUUCAAAUCCAUUUGCUAGUGAUGUUCCUAACCACAGCUCACAACAAGCUAGUGCUGCAAACCCUCCUAACAACAACAAUCGAGCUUUGGCAACUAAUUCAAGCGACACUUCUACUACAUUCAGUCGAUCAGUGCCAAAACUGAAGCCUACAAUUUUCAAUGGCAAUCCCAACUAUUGGUUGCACUGGUAUGGUGUAUUCGUAUCAUCGAUUCAUAAUUCUAAUAUGUCUCCAACUGAAAAGAUGAUCCAUCUUCAAUCAUUGGUAACUGGCCCAGCUAAACUAAUGAUAGCUGGUUAUGGUGCAAACGGCGACACAUACGAACUAGCACUACAACGUCUUCGUGAAAACUUUGGCAAUACCAAUAGAAUUGUCAACUCUUUUUUGCAACGUCUUGCAAAUUUCAAACCUCCAAAUCUGGCUCAACCAGAAUCAUACAUGCAGUUUUCUGCUUUUCUCCUAACUUUAGUGGACACUUUUGAGCAACUUGGUUUUGUUCACGAUAUUUGUUCUACAACAAACUUGAACACUGCUCUGGCAAAGCUUCCCGACCCUGUGAGAUUAGAAUGGAAUCGCUUCGUCAUCGACAAAGACUACGAUCAACCCUCCUUGAGACAUCUAGCACAAUGGUUUCAACGGUACGCACAGGCGUGUCGCGACAUGCCUCCGACAGGUUUCCGAAACCAAAACAAUAACAAUUUUAACAAUUCUUCUGGAAACGCUAAACACCCUAGUGGUUCCCGUUUCAAUGGUUUUACUACAAAUGGUGUAGGAAAUCAAAAUCAGCGCUUUAACCAUCAGGGAGAUCAACAAAACUCUCGUGCUCAGAAUAAUGUAAACUCGAAUGCUUGUCCUAGUGGAGACACCUGUGGACCUCUCUACAAAUGCGAGCACUUCAAAGCUUUAGACCCUAAGCAACGAAAAGAGCAUGCCCGAAAAAUGCACUUAUGCUUUAACUGUCUAGGGAAUCAUAGGUUUACUGACUGCAAUUCGAAAUCGCUCUGUCGAACCGAUAAUUGUGGUAAAAAACACCACACUCUACUCCACGAUCCUUCUGAUACUUAUGGAAAAAACCCUAGUAAAGCUGCAGUGAAUCGCGCAAUAGCUUGUCAGAGAUCAGAUAGUGGUAGCUGCGUAACUCUACUACUGGACUCAGUGGCAACUCAACUAGGCUUGGACGUCAACAAGAAGCACUCACUUCCCAUAUCUGGAUAUCAUGAGACCAAGUCAGUUCAAGUUACAUCUGUGGAUGUACAAAUUAGACCAUACAAAAGCACAUCGACUCCAAUGACGCUCGAUGACGUACUCACGGUAGAUGAAAAUAAUUUGGCCCCAGUUGAUAUUUUUCAACUAAACGCAAUGUGCAACAAUUUUCCACAUUUAAAGCAUGUUAAAUACCCGGACUUAAACGACAAUAGCAUAUCGCUAGUCAUCGGAAACAACAAUCCAGAAUAUCAUGAGAUCAAAAAUACCGUUUAUGGCCCCAAGAAUGUUCCCUGGGCUAUCGAAACCCUUUUGGGAUGGACAUGCACAGGUCGGAACAAAACGCAAUAUAAUUCCGUUCCAUCUGUUCCGGUGAACUUCACACAAGUUCAUUCACACAAUAACUUAGAUGAAAAAUUAUACCAGGAAGUUCUCAACUGGAUGAAAAUAGAAAACACAGGCAUCGCUUCUUCAAAACGCUCGCACUCCAAAUCGGAUAAAAGAGCAAUCGAUAUUCUCGAAAACUCUUGUACUUUAGUAGAUGGUCACUAUCAAAUUGACCUUCUUUGGAAAGAGGAUACUGAUCUUCCAAAUAACCGUUGGCUAGCUGAAAAGCAACUCAACAGCCUCGAAUUUCGCCUUAAAAGUAAACCUGAUUUAAGGGAGAAAUACCGCGCAACAGUCAUCACUGACUUAGAAAAAGGCUUUGUCACCAAAAUAGAUGCAAAACAUGACACUGCAAUCAAAUCUUGGUAUUUGCCGCAUCAUCCAGUGACAAAUGUCAACAAACCAGACAAAGUUAGACGAGUCUCAAAUGCUUCCAGCAUUUUUCAGGGUAAAUCCCUCAACUCGAGUUUGCUCAAAGGGCCCGAUCUUUUGUGCAACUUAACAGGUCUCAUAAUUCGCUUUCGACAAAAUAAAAUAGCAAUAUCUGCUGACAUAGAUGCUAUGUUUAUGCAAGUGCUAGUCAGCCCAAAGGAUAGACCUUUUCUAAGAUACCUUUGGAAAGAAAAUGGUAAAUUAGAAACUCACGAAUAUACACGACACAUUUUCGGUGCCACAGACUCACCAUGCGUGGCUUGCUACGCAGUACGACGAUGUGCAUCAGACAGUAAAAACGACUUUCCUCUGGCUUCUGAAAUCAUUCAACGGAAUAUCUACAUGGAUGAUUUGUAUGUCACUUCGUCAACGGUAGAAGAAGCCCUCCAACAAAUGACACAACUACGAGGAUCUUUAUCUCGAGGUGGGUUCAACUUGAAUAAGUGGAACUCAAACAGUAAACCAUUCCUGGAUUCAAUUGAUCCAAAUAUUUUAGUCAGCCCUAAUGAUCCAACGCCUAAACAUCAACGAGUUCUCGGUGUUCACUGGAAUACCAACACUGACUGCUACUUCAUCGAUAACAAAAAGUUUGUAAAAAUUCUACGUAUUGGCAUUGCUACGCAACGGAAACUCCUGAAGUAUACCGCUUCUUUAUUUGACCCACUCGGAAUAGUGGCUCCAUUGACAAUUCGGAUUCGAAAAGUUCUCCAAUCUGUUUGGUCACAAGGUGUUAAGUGGGAUACUCCAUUAGACACGGAUAAACGUCCCGAUUUCAAACUUUGGGUAGACGAAAUGGAAAAUUUCGAAACUGUUUCAUUCCAAAGGAACUUCUUUGAUAAAGAAAACCCUGCUUCAAUCCAGCUUCACACGUUUUGUGAUGCAUCAGAAUUCGCUCUCGCUGCUGUUUGCUACCUAAGAAUAGUCUACAGCGACGGCUCCACAUCUUUGAAGUUUAUAAUAGGAAAGACAAGAGUCGCUCCUAUGAAACGUGUUACAAUUCCCAAUCUCGAGUUGCAAGCUGCAGUAUAUGCUGCCCAACUAUCGCUCUUUGUUUCAGAGGAAAUUGACCUCAAAGUUGAAAAAACUUAUUUCUGGUCUGACAGUACUACUGUUUUGUAUUGGCUGCGAACACCUGAAAUACGACACAAAAUUUUCGUCGCUAAUCGGCUUCAGAAAACUUUAGACGUUUCUAAACCUGAACAGUGGUUUCACGUUCCAACUCUGCUAAAUCCUGCUGACGACGGUACCAGAGGAUACAUUGCUAUAGAAAUGACCUCAAGCUGUCGGUGGCUACUAGGACCGGAAUUUCUGUUGAACGAUUCUUCUCAAUGGCCUUCACAGGAAAACAUUCGGCUUGAGAACAUUCCUGUAUUCGUUACUUCAUUAGAGGCUAAAUUUGAGCCUAUAUUUGACAUCAAACGCUUCAGCAACUGGAAAAGACUAAUACAGACAGUUGCAUACUGCUUCUUAUUCGCAGAAAAUCUCAAACGGAAGAUCAACAAACAGUCGAAGGCCGAUCUUCAACUCUUGCAUCUAACGAAAUCGCACUUUCUCAUAAUUAAAACUGCCCAAAGGACAGAUUUUGUCUCUGAAAUUUCAGACAUCAAAAAAGAAAAACCAAUUGAAGGCAAAAGUAGACUUCGAACAUUAGCACCGUUUGUGGACAACUUCGGUAUCCUGCGUUCUCGUGGACGUCUCACGCGUGCCCCUAUCAUGCUAUCAGCUAGAUAUCCAAUCAUUCUCGCUGGUGAAAACCCCAAUGUUCGCCUGCUGUUAGCUAACAUCCAUGUUCUACAUUCCCACUGCGGAAAGGAACAAGCAAUGGCCAUAGCACAGGAAAACUACUGGAUUCUUCGCUGCCGCGUCAUGCUGAAAAGUAUCAUACACAGUUGUAUACCCUGCAGAAGAAUGCAACAACAAGUCGACUACCCUCAGAUGUCAGAUCUUCCAAUUGAUCGACUGCCAUCAAAAAAUCAUUUUCCUUUUGCAACGACUGGAUUGGACUACGUUGGACCUUUUCCCAUCAUCCUUCAAGGAAAACAAUACCAAGCGUAUAUUUUACUGUUCACAUGCUUAGUGAUCAGAGCUGUGCAUCUUGAAAUCUCAUUAGGACUAUCGACAGACAGCACUCUUCUUUGUAUCAGACGCUUUUUUGCCCGGCGAGGAAAACCAUCGAAAAUGGUUUCUGAUUGUGGGACAAGUUUUGUGGGCUCCAAUUCUGAGCUGAAGAAAUGUCUAGACAACUUGGAAAAGAACAAAGACUUUGUGGAAAGCAUCAAUCAGCUGGACGUAUCACUCGAAUGGAAAUUCAACCCUCCUGCGGCCCCUCAUUUUGGUGGUUCUUGGGAACGACUAGUUCAGAUAUUUAAACUUUCCCUGUACAAAGUCAUCGGAUCAAGAACACUCUCCUAUGAAACACUGGCUACUUUCACGACCGAAAUUGAAUCAACCAUGAAUUCACGACCUUUAACCAAUGUGUCUGACGACAUCAAAGAUGAUCUGCCUCUCACUCCCAACCGUUUCCUUCUUGGUCGUGGAACUCCAAAUUUACCGCCUGGUAUCUUCAAGGACAAGGAUUUAUCUCUGUCAAAAUCAUGGAAAGCAUCCCAACUACUCGCAGAUCACUUCUGGAAUCGCUUUCUUCGAGAGUACUUACCAGGUCAGCAGAAACGAUCAAAGUGGACUUCUGCGACUUCCAAUUUGCAACCCGACGACAUGGUCUGGAUGUUGGAGGAUUUUACACCUCGUGGACUGUGGCCUCUUGCUAAAGUGGUGGAAACCUUUCCUGGACAAGAUGGAAUAGUCCGCUCAGUGAAGCUGAAAACGCCAACUGGAUUCAAAGUUCGACCUGUGGUCAAAUUGAGCCGCGUUUUCCCAGUUUCGCAGUAA